CACCAAACUUCCCCCUCCAAACCAUUUGCAUGCCAAAUAACCGCCGUAAUGUCUAACAGCGGCCUACUUCUAAACUUUGAUGUUGGCGACCAACCGCUAAAACGCCAAGUGAAGUAUACUGGCGGUCGCUGGAGGGAUCGAGUCAGCGCACAACGAAGCGCGAAAAGGACUGGGGAAGGUCAGUCGACGGGUACCAAUGCCACCCCACUGUCUACAAGCCGGCGAGAUCGCAACCCCUCGCUCCCCGACGAUAUUGAAAAUGGGAGACCGGUGAAGAGACAACGGAUACAAGGGGAUUCUCACGAGCGACCUGAUGUCUCCUCGCGGUCUUUGUCUUAUAUGACUGGCAAGCUCCCUCCAGGCAGCAUCAAUACCGGACCAAGGAAUUCCAGCCAUGGCAGCAAUAACAAUCAUAGCAAGCCCGGUGGGAUAACCUCGAGAUUGUUUACAUCUAACCCGACCCCCAAAACCGUUUUUGAAGAACCGACUGAAGAUGCGGAGCCGGCGAAACCCUCCAAUGCACCUCUAUCCGAUGAGGCAGAGAAUUUCCAUGCUUUAGGGUUAUCACGGCGCAUUGCCCAGCACCUCUCUGCUAAGCUCGAGAUGAAGGCACCUACAUCUAUACAAAAAAAUACUAUACCGUUACUCGUGAAGGAGGAUAGUGACGCCUUUCUUCAGGCUCAAACAGGUUCCGGUAAAACGCUAGCGUAUCUUCUGCCCAUUGUUGAGAGAAUAAUGGCCAUGAGCCAGAAUGAGGAUGGGUCGAACACUGGAGUUCAAAUCCACCGUGACUCCGGCUUGUUUGCGAUUAUCCUCGCCCCCACACGAGAGCUCUGUAAACAGAUUGCGACGGUGCUUGAAAAAGUGCUCCGUUGUGCGCCAUGGAUCGUUAGUACCACGGUGAUUGGAGGCGAAAGCAAGAAGUCAGAGAAAGCCCGGUUACGGAAAGGUGUCAAUAUUCUAGUUGCAACCCCCGGCCGACUGGCUGACCAUCUAGACAACACCAAAGUGCUCGAUGUUGGCACUGUCAGAUGGCUCGUGUUGGAUGAAGGUGACAGGCUGAUGGAAAUGGGUUUCGAAGACGAGCUGAAAAGUAUUGUCAGCAAGAUACGCAAAGAGGAAUUGAAGAAUUCCAACAAAGAUGGUGUGAAGUUCGACAAGUUGCCACAGCGACGAGUCACCGUUCUUUGCUCCGCAACUAUGAAAAGGAACGUUCAGAAGUUAGGAGAAAUCAGUCUGCAAGAAGCCGCUCACAUCACCGGGACCGCAACGGAAAACGAUGGGGACUCUGUAGCUGAGAUUAAUGAGGCUGUAUUCGCUGCGCCCUCACAACUCAAACAAAGUUACCUCAUCGUUCCGGCAAAAUUGCGGCUAGUCACGUUGCUCGCGCUCUUGAAGUCGUCUUUUGCUCGCAGGGGAUCUGUUAUGAAGGCUAUCAUUUUCAUAUCUUGUGCUGACUCAGUUGAUUUUCAUUUUGACCUUUUUCGCAACCCAAAUACUCGAUCAGCGUCAGAAGCGUUGUUAAUAGACACCACUGUUGCUGAUGCCGCCUAUGUCACGUCACCAGCGAACCCGACCGUUGCGUUACUAAAGCUACACGGAUCACUAGCGCAACCGGUUCGUACGGCCACUCUCAAUCAUUUCCGCACAUCGAAUGAUCCUUGCGUUCUCAUCACCACGGACAUUGCAUCGCGUGGUCUCGAUGUCCCCGCUGUUGACCUUGUAGUUGAGUAUGAUGCAGCGUUCAGUGUCGACGAUCACACGCACCGUAUCGGACGAACAGCUCGUGCAGGACGACCCGGAAAAGCAGUUCUCUUCGUCCAACCUGGCUGCGAGGAGGGAUAUAUCGAUCUUCUAAACUCAACGGCAUCGUCGGUUGCACCGCAGUCCUACGAGUCUACGCUCCAAAAGGGCUUCUUCACACCCAUCACCCUACCCAAACCCGAUAAAGACACAGACGCUCCGAGUCUUGUUUCGGAGAAGCAAACGCCCAAUUCCCGCGCCGAAGCUUUGCAACUUCACAUCGAGCAGCGUCUUCUCGCCACAGAGAAGGAAGGUAGUAGUAGCAAAUUACUGGAUUCUGCUCGCCAGGCAUUCCGAUCUCAUAUCCGAGCCUAUGCUACGCACGUACGCGAUGAGCGAAAAUACUUCGACAUCACGCAGCUUCACCUGGGCCACACGGCGAAAAGUUAUGGUCUAAGGGAGGCACCUGGGGGGAUCGGAGGGGGGCCGUCGAGGAGGACGUUCAAGGCUGGACAAGGCAAAGGCGCAGAGCAGAAGGGCGCGGACAGUGGUAAGACGAGUAAGGUUGAUCAUGACGAUAUACCGGCUGUGGAUGAUGCUGCUGCUGUAAGGAUGAGGAUGAAGAUGAGAGAGGUAAUGAAUGUGGCUAGCGAGUUUAACAUUGGAUAGGUGUGGUUAUAUAUGUACCUAUCUAUAGGUAUUUAGUGCCUACAGCAAGUAUAUACAUUUGUUUUUAUGACGACGGCAAUGAUUGGUAUUAUUCACCGUUGAGAUUUCUGCCUGCAUCUCUUGUCUUGUCCUCUUCUAUCCUGUCGAGUUCAACAACUGAAGAAGAGAUUCAUAACCUGGGAAAAUGUAGAUGUAGUAAGUAGCAUGUUGCCAAAAUGACAAGACUAGUGUUCAAUAAAUGUCUGAUGAACGAUUGGACGAUCUUGAACACUCGACUAAUUUAUCGACUUAAUACUUAAGCAAUAGACUUUUAAAUGAACGUUGAUUCUGUG